AUGUCACAACAAUCAUAUCAACAAUCAUAUCCUAACCAAUCGCCUCAAAAUGGAAACAAUAUUAAUAUUUCUGGACCGGUUAGUGCAGGUGGAAAUGUUGCUAUAAGUAAUAUUGCAGGCAACCCGACAGGCCCAAAUAAUCAGAAACCAAAUAAUCAGAAACCAAAUAAUCAGAAACCAAAUAAUCAGAAACCAAAUGAAGAAGAAAAAAAUGACAGCAAAACAAAUAGCAAAGAAGCAAAUUAUAAUGGCUCAAUUUCCUUUGCGUUCAGAAAGCCCAAAUGA